AUGCCGAUAUUCUGCUCCUCCUCCUGCGGUGAGCCAAAGAACCGAAUUCUUCGACUGAUCAACUGUGAGCAGGAGACGGAGACUGCUAGGAAAUGUAAGCAGUUCAAUCCAAUUUGGCACUCGGAGGAAAGGCGAUGGGCUCUGCAAAAUGGAAUCAUGUUAAGGCACCUGGCCAACAUAGUACAGAAGCCAGUCGAUCAGGUGUCCAGAUUCAUGUUUGAGCUAACUAUGAAAAAGUUUGGCGAGAUAACUAAUCCAAAAUGUUCGCGUUGGACCCAUUGCCGAGUGCCGUUCGUUAGGCCUGACACUUGUGUGCUCUACGAUGGAAUUUUCGAUCGUGAGGGCAAUCUUCGCCAAGUAUUUCAUCCGUACAUUCAACAGUUAGUGGUUUCAAUAUUGGAUCACUACUUAAAUAUGCCGUGCGAGGUAGAAGAGCCGCAUAGUAAAAGACCAGAGUAUGCGAUGUUUAGCAGCAGGAAGGGAACAACUUGUGACUAUGAUCGCAAAGGUAACCAUGAUCGCAGAGGUGACUAUGAUCGCAAAGGUAACUAUGAUCGCAGAGGUGACUAUGAUCGCAAAGGAAACUAUGAUCGCAGAGGUGACUAUGAUCGCAAAGGUAACCAGGAUCGUAAUGGUAACCGUGAUCGUAAUGGUAACUACGAUCGCAAUGGUAAUUAUGAUCGUAGUGGUAGCUAUGAUCCUAGUGAUGAUCGAAAUGAUCGUAAUUAUAGUACUGAUGGCACUUAUGAUGAUGAUGAUCAUCAUGGUAAAGGUAACUCCGCCCGCAAAGGUGGCGUUGGUCAAGAUCGUCGUAACAGAGACAUUGCGGAAAUUUCAGACUUGUACUCAGAUGUUGUGGAAAACAAAAAGCAGUUGAUUAAGAAAAAACCACCACCAAAGAAGAAGGCUUUCAAAGGCGAGGGAGCACAAUAUUUGGGUGUGAUGCUACCAGUAUUAAUGCACGAGCCAUUCGAUGAUCAGAAGCCGUGGACAUGGAUCCGACGACAUCCCCAACAACCACGGCUGCUCGAAGGAGUUAAAGUGGGACGUGCCAAGAUACAUAAGUACAGGCGUCACACCCUAGAGUUACAAAUUAAAACGGCAAGAAGAGAUCAAUCAAUACGAACGAUGUAUGAUGUUAAGGAUCAUCCGUCGAUCAUUUCUGUUGACAUGUUUGGCAGGGCUGAAAAGCCAAAGAAGGGUAUACCACUGGUGACAGCGUACAACUAUAAAAAGCUAUUGAUCAAGUCACAACCGAUAAAAUGA